GAGGGCCGUCAUGCCUGUUUACCCAUCUCUUUGUACGUUGAGUCAGAAAACCACGCCGCACUUAUUUCCAACUCCAGAUUCAUCGUAGACUCCUCGUGGCUGAGCUCGGCCUGAACAUCAGACAGAGCCCGUCCAGGACCGCGGCGGACAGAGAGAGGAGAGGCGGCGGCACGGGAAGCGUCAGGGAAGAAGAAGAAGGAGGAAACGACUGAGGCAAGCCGGGAUGUCAGCGAUGAAGAAGAGAAACUCUAACUCCUCCGGAGGCCGGGAAGAGGACAGGCAGGUGACGGAAAGGAUGCUGUCCGCCGGCUUCAGUCCAGCCGGGACACCGGGGAGCGACGCCAAGAGCCCCAGCAGCCUCCUGCCGCCGGGAGGAGCGGAGGAAGGGGUCGCCCUGAAGAGGACCAUCACUCUUGUAAACGGCGUGGCCAUCAUAGUGGGCACCAUCAUCGGCUCGGGCAUCUUUGUCACGCCGACCGGGGUGGUUCGGGAGGCGGGCUCGGUGGGUCUGUCCCUGAUCGUUUGGGCAGUGUGCGGGGUUUUCUCCACAGUGGGAGCGCUCUGCUACGCGGAGCUGGGGACCACCAUCAGUAAGUCAGGGGGGGACUAUGCUUACAUCCUGGAGGUGUACGGCUCCCUGCCGGCUUUCCUCAAGCUCUGGAUCGAGCUGCUCAUCAUCCGGCCCUCCUCGCAGUACAUCGUUGCGUUUGUUUUCGCCACAUACCUCCUGAAGCCCAUGUUCCCACACUGCCCGGUGCCGGAUCAAGGAGCCAAGCUGGUGGCCUGCCUCUGCAUCCUCUUGCUGACGUUCGUGAACUGCUACAGCGUGAAGGCGGCCACCCGAGUGCAGGACUUCUUCGCGGCCGCCAAACUCCUAGCGCUCGCCCUCAUCAUCAUCAUCGGCUUCGUCAAGAUCGGCAUGGGUGGAACGGAUGAACUCCUUCCUGAAAACUCCUUCAAGGGAUCAAAUUAUAAUUUCGGUAACAUCGGCCUGGCUCUCUACAGUGGCCUGUUUGCCUACGGUGGCUGGAACUACUUGAACUUUGUUACAGAAGAAAUGAUCGAACCUUACAAAAACCUUCCCCGAGCCAUCAUCAUUUCUUUGCCCAUUGUCACAGUUGUGUAUGUCCUCACCAACCUCGCCUAUUUUACUACGCUCUCCCCCGACGAGAUGCUCAACUCAGAGGCUGUCGCUGUGGACUUUGGAAACUAUUACCUGGGCCCCAUGGCAUGGAUCAUCCCCGUCUUUGUGGGUCUGUCGUGCUUUGGAUCAGUAAACGGCUCUCUCUUCACAUCAUCCAGGUUAUUCUUCGUGGGCUCCCGGGAGGGUCACCUGCCCAGCCUGCUAUCCAUGAUCCAUCCCUCGCUGCUCACGCCGCUGCCAUCACUUAUCUUCACAUGUUUGAUGACGCUGCUCUAUGCCUUCUCCGAUGACAUCUUCUCCGUCAUCAACUUCUUCAGCUUCUUCAACUGGCUCUGCAUCGCCAUGGCGAUUAUCGGCAUGAUGUGGCUCCGCUACAAGAAGCCUGAGCUGGAGCGGCCGAUUAAAGUCAACAUCCUGCUGCCUAUUAGUUUCGUGCUCGCCUGCCUUUUCCUCAUCAUCGUGUCUUUCUGGAAGACGCCUAAAGAAUGCGGAAUUGGCUUUGGCAUCAUCGCCACCGGACUGCCCGUUUACUUCAUCGGCGUUUGGUGGCAGAACAAGCCCAAGUGGAUGAUGCGAGCCAUCUACAAGACCACUGCCUGGUUUCAGAAGGUAAUGGAGGUGGUGCCUCAGGAGUCCUAAAUGGCCGUCAGCCUUGAUUCACCUCUACAGAAAGCGUCUGAAGUGACCUCUGGGCUCCGACAUGAGAGCAGAUGAAGUUUGACCUCCAUUGACGUCUCUAACCCCACUCUGUCCCACGCUAACACACACAUUCUCUCACACGUGUGCAGACUGCUGAUCAGGACAGUGUCGUCAGCGUUAUGUUUGCAUUGUUCCUCAGCUGAUCUGUUGUUUUUAUGUGCUUUUAUUCGCGACCAUUUUAAGCUCUUGUUGCGCAUCAACUCUUUUAUGAAAUCCGUUUCUUGUUUUUGUUUAGAUGUUUUCAGUUUUUAGUUUAGAGACGUUAGAAGCAAAUGUUUGAGUUUUAAGCCAUCACUUCUUUGUCGUCUUGCUGCUGAGCGUCUGUUGGUCACCAUGAUGCUCCUGACCUCUGGACUCACUGUGACGGAUCGAAGCCUAAUGGAGCCCGAUCCAUCAUCUGUGUUGCUAUAAAUGUGAGCUUUCGCUUUCAUGCAGGUCCGCAUAAUGUGCCAGCUUGUUAUCACCUCAUGGGUUGUUGUUUUUUUUUUAAUCUGAAGCGAUCAGAUGUUUUUCCGUUCAAAAGCAGCGACUCUCUGACAUGCCGUCUCGUUAGGGUUGUUUAUUUGAGGUCGUUGGCCAGAUGUUAUCUGUGGGGAUCAAUGCGCUCAACCCAAUAAAGGUAGCGUCUCAGGCUGCGUCAUUAAGUGUUGGGCUGGCAUAGGGGGCCAAAAGCAGGUAUGUGUGUUGUCUGUAUGAGUGUUGGAGUGGGGGAGGGGGCGUGGCUGUGAGAUGAAUCCGACUCUUUUGAAAUUUUUCAUGAAACUGACCAAGUUUUCUUAUGAGUUUUGUUCUGUUUUAGUUCAAAUCCAGGCCUUUGCACACUCCUCUGUAUUUGUUGUUGAAUAUGAACUUUUAUCGUACCCUACAAAUAUAUAUGUGGGUUUCAUUCCAAGCAGCCAGAGCAGGAAUUCUUGAGUAGUAGUUUUCUCUCUGAGGUUCUUCCAACGGUUUUUUUUUUAAUUUUGCUUCUUUUUCACUAAUCUUUCUUAUUUAAAAUAUCAAUUCUGCUUUACUUUUUGCAAAACCACUUAGAUGUUAUGUUUUGCAUGUGCAGUGCUUUAGAUUUGCCUUUU